UAUUUAUUUUGUUUUUAUUUGUUUUUCUUUUCUUUUUUUCUAUCAUUUAGGUGAGGAAUCAUAUUACAACAAUUCGAACGCCGUUAAUAAUUCCAGCAACAAUGGCAACGGUACGUUACACUCCUCAAACGUCCAAAAUAAUUCCAUGCUUAAUGCUACCACCGGUGGUAGCAACAUUGGCAAUAGUAUUAAUUCUUCCCAACAGCUGCAGCAGCAGCAACAACAAGUUAACAAUGCGUUAGCGAUACAAUUUCAAAGCAACAACAUGCAUAAUGGUUCAGGUGGUAGUGGUGGUGGAAGUGGUGGCCAAUCUUCUAAUAAUCCUGCCUCCAAUUUACAAAAUAAUAAUUCAACCUCAAACUCACAGACGAAUAACGGUAGUGGUGGCAAUGCCACCAACAACAACAACAAUAACAGUAACAAUAAUAACAGCAACAAUACAAUUUCCGGUAAUAACGCAAAUGAAAAUUCUACAUCCGGUGGUGUUGGUGUGCCACAUUCACAAUCGGCUCCACAUCAAUUGGGCAACCAACAGCAGUUACAACAACCACCGCCAUUGACACCAUUGGCUCAGCAUCAUCAGGCGUUGGCGCAACAGUUGCAGCAACGAUUUGCCAUCAGCAAUAAUAGUAAUGGUGAGUGCUUUUUUCUUCUUAUUUUUAUUAUUUAUUAUUUUUUUUUUCUUUUUUAUAUUUUUAUUUAUUCUAUAAUUUAUUAGUUUCAUAUUACAACA